UUCUCUCUCGACUUCUUCACUCGUGUCGUCUUCUCCUUCUUCUUCUUCGUCUCGCUCACUCUGAUCUCCAUGGCAAUGGAUCGCGCACAGAUUCUUCUGAUAGGGUUACCUCUUUUUCUCUUCGUCACCGAUCUCAUAAGCCUCUUCACGCCACCUCCCAAACCUCCUCACCACCGCCACCACCAUCCGCCUCACCACCACCAUCCUCCUCAUCACCACCACCCAGUCCCACAGCAUCCGCAAUCUUCAGUUUCCACAGAAACCCUAGAGUUUCCCUCUCAGAAGGAAAGAGGUGUCGUCGGCGGAAUCGGCCUUGGUAACAAGAUCGACAUCAGUUUCUGUUCGUCCUGCUCGUACAAGGGAACUGCUCUUACAAUGAAGAAGCUGUUGGAGACUGCUUUUCCCGGGGUUGAUGUUGUUCUUGCAAAUCAUCCCCCAACUUUCCCAAAGCGUUUAAUAAGCAAAUUGGUCCCCAUUGCGCAAAUUGGAGUUGUUGGGCUUGUCGUGGCGGGUGAACAAAUAUUUCCAAUGCUGGGAUUUAUGGCGCCACCACCUUGGUAUUAUUCUCUGCGUGCAAAUAGAUUUGGGACCAUUGCAACGACUUGGCUUCUUGGCAAUACACUGCAGUCUUUCCUCCAAAGCACCGGGGCUUUUGAAGUGUACCUCAACAAUGAAUUGGUUUUCUCCAAGUUAAAAGAGGGCAGGUUUCCAACCGAGAUUGAAUUGAAGGACCUCGUUGGUAGAAGGCUUGCUAGUUCACGAGUCGCAGAUGGCGUCGGAAGUCUAUGGUCCUAGUUUAUAUUCCAGAUUUCAACGUCAACGACGGGUUUUAUUGCUGCUUCCAUGUAGUGAUGCUUUGUUUUGACUUGAUUUCUUGCUGAUAUAGUGAUAUACGGAACUUAACUAGAAAUUUACGCAGCUAGAUUGUCUUUCGUGGAUGAGAAAUUGAUGGAAAAAUGAAGUAGUUUCAGCUAUCCGAAGCUGUUUCAAAUAAGAAAACCAUUAACGGUUUAAGACAAUCUAUAAUGCAAAUAUUAAUCUCAAUCCCAAUGCUAUUUUUAGUAUUAGAGGUGUGUAUGCGACAUAUUCAAUAUGCGAUUCUAUUGUGCAUAAUGCUACUUCAGAUAUUAUAUCCAUCUUUUGUUGUACA